UUUUCUACUACUGGCAACACUGUCUGUCAGUUCUUUUAAAGAUAUGUUAAUUAUAUUUAUUUGCUUACUACAAAUAUAAUAUUAACAAUUUUAAAAGUGUUCAUUAGAUUAAAUUUGUUAUAAUUAAUUUAAUAUUAAUAUAUUAGCCAAAAGCUUGGACCAUAGAAAAAAACCUUUGGUUACGCAUAACCUUAAUGUGUUGUGUAAAUUUGGAUUAUGUUCUGUGAUUUGGAUGAACAAUACAAAAAAUACUAUUUUGCAAUGAAAGGAUUUUAAUGCAUUUUGAAAUUAUGGACUACGAAUUACCAACCAAUUUUGAUGUAGUUGUAGUGGGAACUGGUAUCAUAGAAUCAAUUAUUUCUGCUGCUGCUAGUCGUAUUGGAAAGACAGUUUUGCAUGUUGAUAGUAACAAUUUUUAUGGAGGUCUAUCUUCCUCUUUUAAUUUGGAGAGCUUUUUAAAAUUAAACAUUGAAAAAAGAAAAAGUAUUUGUAUGGAACAUUCUAGUUUAAAUGAUACUGAAACAUUCUUUCCAAUUAAUAAUUCUGAUUUUACCUUGGAUGAAGUAACCCACCAAUGGAACAUAACUAAUAAAAAUAAGAAUUAUAGUGAUGAGGAAAACUCAGCCCAAGAAGAUAUUAUCGCUAAAGAAAUUUGUGCAAAGAAAUGGUUAAAAGAUGAUCUACUAAAGGAAUCUAGAAAAUUUAAUAUUGAUUUAACCCCAAAGGUACAAUAUGCCAGAGGCGAUUUUAUUGAACUUCUAAUAUCAUCAAAUAUUGCACGAUAUUCUGAAUAUAGAAGUAUAACAAGGGUACUAACAUGGUUUAAUAAUACUUUGGAAGUAGUACCAUGUUCCAGAUCAGAUAUAUUUGCAAAUAAUAAAAUUUCAAUUAUUGAAAAAAGAAUAUUGAUGAAGUUUUUCACAUCAUUGGAUGACAAUGAAGACUUAAUAAUAAAAGAUUAUGCAUCAAAAACGUACAAAUGCUUCUUAACAGAUAAAAAGUUAAGUAAAAAUUUAAUCCAUUAUAUUUUGUAUGCUAUUUCCAAUUCAACCGAUUCAACACUUUGUCUAGAAGGUAUUGGAAAUACAAAAAAGUUUUUGAAAAGCCUAGGAAGAUUUGGCAAAACACCAUUUUUAUAUUCAAUGUUUGGUAGUGGAGAUUUGCCUCAAGAAUUUUGUAGGGGUGUGUUUAUAACAAAUAAAAGUAUAAUGGACUCUGACAAUGAACCUUUAACGUUGCUGUUGUAUCCUGCAGAAAAUGAUAAAAAUCCAUGUACUGUUUUGGAAUUACCCUGGUUAUCUAGCUGUUGUCCAAAAGAUACAUAUUUGGUACAUAUAUCCUGCAAUCAAAUCAACAAUCCUGAAGAUGAUUUGAAACAUUGUGUAAAAAAUUUAUUUACUUUAAAUGAGGAUUUUAAAGCAUUCAAACCUCUAAUUUUCUACUCCUCAUAUUUUUCUAUACCAACAAACUCUGAUGAAAAUGUAAACUUACAUGAUUUUAACAAUUUAUUUAUAUGCCCUGGUCCAGAUAGCGAAUUAGACUUUGUGACAGCUGUCUCAAAGGCCAAAGAACUUUUCCUCAAAAUGUAUCCUGAUGAUGAGUUUUUACCAAGGGCGCCAGAUCCAGAAGAAAUAAAAUGGGAUGGUGAUGAAGAACCAUCGGAUAUAGCACAGUAACUUCAAAUUAUAUAGAUAUAAUAUAUAGCAAAUAAAUGACAAUUUUAAUGUAUUUUCUUCCUUAAUUUUAAGUAAAAAAUCUUGUUAAUAAAUAAAUAAUAAAAAAGAGGAAGUAGG